UCGUAUCAAGCUAUUUAGUCUACAUAUGCAGUAUGUGAUUCAAAGAAUGCUAAAUGUCUUCAUGCAUCCGGUUGAUGGAGCUGAUUUCAUCACAUAUAACGGGUUUUUCGAAUUCUUUAUUGCCUCAAUAAAAUGCACAAAUUGCUCUUCUGGAAUUAAAAACAGAUGUAGCUAG